AUGAUGACAAAAUGUCUGCCAGCUCUACAGCAACUACGCCAAGACCCCACUGUUCCUGAUGGACAGGAGAGUAUCCCUGAGUCAGUGAGGCGUCCCACACUGCCGUGUGUCUGGCCCCAGGCUCUCAGCAGCAGUCAGAGGUCAGAGGUCAACGCCUGGUUUGACCUGAGGCUGAAGAACUACCUGCCCUUCCUCACCAGGAGCCUGGUGACCUCCGCCGCUGUCCAGACCGCCCCUUGUCUGGCCUUCCACAAACUCGUCUCAAUUCUGGGGAGUUAUAACUACAGCGCUGCAGACUUUGUGGAGAGAGAUGUGUACAGGGAGACCAUCAGGACGUAUCUCACCUCAGCGUCGGCUCCUAAGUGUUACAACACCAGUGAUCCAGAGCUCAACUCAACUGCCUGGUUUGCUGAGAACAUUGGACUCUUCAUCACUUAUCUCACCUUGGAAGACCUCAACACCUUCGGAUCAGCGCAGGUGUUGCAGGUGUUCACAGUGAACCUGGUGAACAUAGGUCUACUGAACUCCACUAGCCUGCCCCAGAACCUCACUGACUACUACACAUCACUGGUCUACCUACAGGACAGCAACUUCAACCCUCUGUUCCUUCCUCUGUUGUUUCGAUGUGUGGCCCCAGGGCCAGCCUUCAGACAGCUGGACGCUGAGCAGAGCAUGAUCCUUCUACACAACCUGACUACACUGUGUAGAGACCUGGACCCACAGGUGUCUGCAGCUCUAGCAGCUAACAUGGGAGACAACAUAAACAGCAACACCAUCGCUGCCCUCGGCAGAGUCAACUACAGGUCUAUCUGAGGGUCAGAUCACCAUGGCACCCGCCAGCGUUCUGUGGGCUUCCUUCAGCAUUCUGAGCACUGUGAUUGGCUGGAACCAGGGCCAGGCCAUGGCCAUCAUCCAAUCACUGAUGCUGUCAGGAGCCGUGAAGAUCAACAGCGCAUCCACCUUGACAGCGCUGGGUUCCCUGGUGACCGGUGUUCCCUCGGCAACCUUAGGCAGCAUCAGCGGCACAGAACUCCUCUACGCGUCCCAGGAUGCCACAUUCAUAACAUACAUGCAGACCGCCCCGACCAUCUUA